UUUUUUACUGAAAAAAAAUAUUCAAUCAUCAAUUGAUCGGAUCUAAACCAAAUAUCUUCGUCAAUGACAUCCAAUCGUAGUGGUGGUGGUGGUGGUGGUGGUGGUCGUCGUCGUCGUAGUCGUCGUCGUCAACGGCAAUUAAAUAGGAGAGCACAGAAAGCCGAGUUCUGGCCACAUGUCGUGGAUCCACAAUAUCGGGAUCACGUCAUGAAAGAACAACAAGGAAUGGCUAACUAUAGGGACGACUUUGACGAGAAUGUACAUCCAAUACCAUAUGGUAUGGCACCGGGCAAUAGGUUCAGUGAUCUGUACGAAUAUGACGACACUACUCAACAAUACAAACGCAAAAAAGGUCGACCCAAUAAACCGGAAUUGCGACCAAUACAGGGACCGGCCAAUUGGGAUCAAUUGUAUCCAACCGAUGAUGAUCAAGACUAUUCGCAAACGAAUCCAACUUCCAGUGCGUCGGGUUUGGCUCCAGAGGACCGAAGUCAGGAGAAGGCAUCCAAUAGUCAAAGUAGACGUCCUAUUGAGCGGCAGUUAAGUGAUAGAGCAUUGAAUGCUAAUUUUUGUCCACAUGUUGUGGAUCCACAAUAUCGGGAUCACAUCGUGAAAGUACACCAAGGAUUAGCUGACUAUAGUAAUGACUUUGACAAGAAUGUAAUUCAGGCACCAUUUGGUACGGCAGCGGGUAAUACGUUCAGUGAUCUGUACGAAUGGGACGAUACUAUUCAACAAUAUAAACGUAAAAAAGGUCGAAUCAAAAUUCCGAAGUGGCGACCAAUUCAGGGACCGGCAAAUUGGGAUCAGUUGUGGCCAACCUAUGAUGAUAUCGGUCAAGACUAUCUGAGACCGGAUCCAACUCCCAAUGCAUCGAAUGUGCCGCGACCUCUACAUAGAGAUCAGUUGAACUAUUUGAAGAAAUCGGGCGAAGCGUACGAUAAAUUAAAAUUUAUAAAAAUGUUGGGCGAAGGAGGUUUCGGAUCGGUCUGGGAGGUCAAAGCUCGCCAUUGGGAUGACAGUAAAAAACAAUACAAAAAUGUACGGUUGGCCGUUAAGAUAUUGCGAUUGGAUUCGUCAACAGGCAAUAGACUAACAUACGAUAUGCAUUAUCUUUUGCUCGACAUGUAUCAGCUUCGAUACCUCAAACAUCCAUACAUAGUGAAGUUCUACGACAUUAUUGGUAUUCCCGAUCAAGUGACCGGUUUUCCUUAUGCCCGGUGCCUAAUAUUGAUGGAACUGUGCAAAGGCGACGUUCAUACUAUGCUUGAAGAACAGCCGGAUGAACGCAUUGAUGAACACCACACUCGCCAUUUGAUGUACUGUAUGGCCAGUGCCGUACAGUAUAUGCACAGGCAACGGGUGGUCCACUUUGAUAUCAAACCGUUGAACAUUUUUUUGCAUCCACUGAGCAGUACCUACAAAUUAGGUGAUUUUGGACUGGCCGUUAGCUACGCGGACAAUGUACCCAUGGAGACCGAUAGCAAUUCAGGUACACCAUUCUAUCAGGCACCGGAAUUAAUGGAUUAUAUGCCCGAUCCAGUGGAGAGCCCUCCGUGCGAUGUCUUCUCAUUGGGCAUGACUUUUAUGCAAUGUCUUUUUGGUUACGAACAUAUCGUAGAGGGAAUGACUGAGUUGACGCCAGAUAUAUAUGUCUAUCAAAUCUCGUUACUCAAUACACCCGAUUGUUUAUUAUCUAAUCCGCCGACACUGAGCGCCGAAGCCAUCAAUCUAUUGCUGGCAAUGACUGAACUUAAUCCAUCCGACAGAUUUACCAUUGAUCAGGUAGUAAAUGAUGUUUGGUUACAAUAAUCAAACAAAUU